GUUGUGUCGUCAAGUUCGUCUGAAUCUUCUAAUUCAGAUAAUUCUUAUAAAAAACCAUUGAAAAAAAGACCGAAUGAAAAAAAGAAAAUAAUUGAUACAAUCAAUGAACCGAAUGAACCGGAACAUUUAAAAGCAUUAAUCAAGCGAAUUUUUAAAGAUAAACUUAAAGAACAAGAUUGUAAUAAUUAUACUGAUGAUGUGAAUGAUUCAGAUUCGACCAAAUAUAAUGACAAAGAACAAUCAGCAAACCAGUAUAAUACUUGGGAAGACCAAGAUGAUUAUGUAGUUUCUAAUAUAGUUAUAACAAACAGCAAUGAAAAAGAUAAAAAUUAUCAUCACAAUUCCAAGAAAAACAAACAUAAGUUUCGCUCCUGUCAAGUAACUUCAGAAUCUGAUAUUAGUAAAGGCAAUCAUAAGUUUCGCUCCCAUCAAGCAACUCCAGAAUCUGAUAUUAGUGAUUCUGAUAGUUCAUCAAGCAGCUCAGAACAGGAAUCUAUAUAA